AUGGCGACAGCUAAGUGGUCGCCGCGUUGGGAUAUUCAGAACAGCGGUUUCCUGUCUGUCGUACCAAACCACCCACAUGCUGCUGAUGGCCUUGAGAAUUACCAGACGGAGGAAAAACCCACCCCAGCGGAGGAUAUUGUUGUUGUUGUUUUCCUAGCCCGGGCCCUUUUUUCAGGAAACCAAAACAAGGCCCCAAGCGCGUUAGCUCACGGGAAGGACGAGAGAACGAUGUCGAUCCAGGUGGCCAACUGCAGGUAUGGCCGGAACGAGGCUUGCGGGAGGCGGACGGUUGUGGAUGGUGGAGGUGAAGAGGGAGGGAGGGAUGGAUGGAGGGGAAUCCAGAGAGUUUGA